AUGGCAACAACAGUCAAGACCCGUCAGGCCUAUCGUAGGACUGAUGACUACACCCCUGGUACACCCAAGGUUAAGCUAGUCACGGAGCAUCUCCCCGCCGAGCUUGAACCUACGGCUGUUUUAAUCAAGAUACAUGCCGUGGCCCUCAAUUACCGAGAUGCCAAUAUCGCCAAUGGUGGUAAUCCCUGGCCUGUGACCAAAAAUGGUGUACCAGGUAACGAUGCCGCCGGUGAAGUGAUUGCUGUCGGGGACAAGGUUUCUCUGGUCCAGAUUGGAGACCGCGUUGCGCCCAUCACGGAUUCCGAAUUUGUCACGGCGCGCUCUACAGGUCGAUCAUGGCUAGCCGCUAAUGAAGAUGGCACAUUGGCGACCCAUUUUGUAUUCAACGAAAGACUUGUAACAAAGCUCCCUGAUCAUCUUUCCUGGGUCAUGUCUAGCAUUAUUCCGUGCGCCGGAACUACAGCUUGGUCCGCCCUGAAGGGCGCAUCUAUCGGUCAAACUGUCCUCAUCCAAGGGACCGGCGGUGUUUCUACGUUUGCGCUGAAACUGGCAAGAGCGUCUGGACUAAAGGUCAUCUUGACUUCUUCUAGUGAGGAGAAGCUUUCUACUAUCAAGGCUCAGCUUGGAAAGCCUGAUAUUCUUACCGUCAAUUACAAAACAAACCCAGACUGGCAGAAUGAAGUGCUCAGGCUUACUAAUGGCGUUGGUGUGGACCUCGUCGUUGAGAAUGGAGGUAGCAGCUCCCUCGUGCAAAGCAUGCAGUGCACCAGGCGCGGUGGAACAGUCAGUCAGGUUGGCUAUCUUGGCGGUCCCAAAGCUGAGGAGUUGAAAGAGCUUGUAUCUACGAUUAUUGAUCGCAGGCUGAACGUCAGGCAAGUUUUGACGUCUACAGUGACUAGUGAGCAACAUCCAGCUAACCAUUUAUCCAGGGGCAUCAAUGCUGGAUCAAAAGACGACCAAGAUGAGCUUAUGGCCGCUAUUUCAGCUACACAAAUGACAUUUGACGAUAUUAUCGAUUCAGUCUGGUCUUUCGAUAAGGCCGAAGAAGCAAUUGAGUAUGUGUGGCAGGGUAAACAGGUCGGCAAGGUGGUCAUCGAGAUCAAGGAAUGA